AUGAAUAUUGGCCGGUUUCGUCAAGUACAUACAGCCUUUGCAUGUGGCUUUGGCUCUUUCGUGAUGGGGAUGGCCAAUACAUGGCCUUCGUAUACCUCAGAGUUACUCUUAUCAAACUCAACACCUUUAUCUGCUCCUAUGACUAAAGCAGAAGAGGCUUUAUUAGGUAGCUUGCCUUCACUAGGGGCCAUAUUUGGAUCUUCAAUAAUUGGUAUUAUGAUGGCACGUUUGGGAAGGCGAAAUGGUGGUGUUGUUAGUUAUUUACCGGCUCUGUUAGCAUGGGCAAUAACAAGUAUAGCAUCUUCAAUCAAAUUAGUUUUGGCGGCAAGGUUCCUGGCUGGAAUAACGGGAGGUGCUGCUUUAGUAUUAGGUCCUGUCUUUAUAUCAGAAGUAGCAGAUGAUUCUGUUAGAGGAUUUUUAGCAUCAGCACCCAUAUUUCUCUACUGUUUUGGGACGUUCUUUUCAUAUUUGAUUGGUUGGUACAUGGUCUACAGGACAAUCAUCUGGACAAACUUGAUAGUAUGCGUCUCCGUCACAAUCCUUCUUGGAUUAGUGACAGAAAGUCCAAUAUACUUAUUAAGGCAAAAACGCGAGGAGGAUGCAAAAUUGUCAAUCGCGAAAUAUCGAGGGUUACCUGUGUCGUCUAUGUUGGUGACGGACGAGCUCACUAAAUUAAAGCAACAAAUUACAUCAUCAGUAGAAAUGGUGCCAAUUACAGAUCCUGAUACGAAAACCGAUGAAUCUGAGAAUGAAAAACUGAACCUUGAGGAGGCCAUACCACAGAAACCAGAAUCGAAAUCAACUAUCAAAUUAUUAUUCCUGGAACCGGCUUCAAGACGUGCAUUUACCAUUGUGGCGCUCGUCAUAUCAAUCCAGGUCUUCAUGGGUAUUGUACCUGUACAAGUAUUUGCAAAGAUGGUAUUUCUCCAGACCGACCCCAGUAUGGCUGAUCUGUAUACUAUCGUUUUCGCAAUAGUAAUGCUUGCUGGAUCGGCAGUAACUGCUGUUGUGAGUGACAAGGCUGGCAGAAGGCUGUUAAUAAUCUCUUCAUCUGUAUUAGUGUCCGCGACUAUGGGAGUGCUUGGUUACUUAGUACAGUUCAAAGCAGGACCACCAUUCCUUACCGUCAUGGUGAUCUUCAUUUACUGCUUCUCCUUCAUGCUGGGAGCUGGUAGCAUCCCAUAUGUGCUACUAGCCGAGGUGUUUAUUCCUGAGGUACAAAACCUAGCAUCCAUCAUCAUCAUCGAAUUCGUGUGGCUCCUUAACUUCGUCAUUAUUUAUAUCUUUCCAUACAUGAACGACAUGUUCGGUAUUUACGGCACUUUCUACUUCUUCGGAAUCAUGGGUUUAAGUAACUCUAUUCUUUCAUACUUUUUAGUGCCAGAAACUAAGGGACUUUCUAACAUCCAGAUCCAGGAUUUACUAAUACUAAGAAGGAAAAAAUAUUUGAAAUAA